AUGAUGCUCAAGAGCGAGCGCGACGUACUGAUACCGAAGGAUGGAGGUAAAGUGGACUUGGAGAACGGAAAAACUGCGGAUGACGUUGGGUAUGGAUCUUUUAGUUCAAUGGAGACUGAAAUUGACAAGUCGGGAAUUCUGAUAGACGCGUUUAUUGAAGUUCCGCAGGGAAGACAUCUGGGAUUAUUUUCCACCAUGGUUCUAUUUGUAUCGAGGAUCGUCGGGUCUGGUAUCUUCGCGACCCCAAGUAGCAUUUUUGUCAAUUGUGGCGGGAACACUGUUAUUUACUUCGGCGUAUGGCUGCUGGCAGCUCUUUUGUCCUUUGCAGGGCUAUUUCUGUUUCUGGAAUUUGGUUCGUGGCUUCCUCGCUCUGGUGGGCGUAAGAAUUUCCUUGAGCAAGCGUAUACCAAGCCUAGAUUGAUGAUGAGUGUAACUUUUGCGGCUUUCACCGUGCUAACAGGCUUUACCAUGUCUAAUGCCAUUGUGUUCGGGAAAUACUUUCUCUCAGCAGUGGGCUUCCAGGGCAUUUCCGAUCACUCGAGUGUAUCGAAAUACAUUAGCAUCGCGGCGGUGGUCGUGGGAGUUAUAAUACAUGGGACUUCGGUGAAAACAGGCGUGCGGAUUCAGAAUUUCUUGGGCGGUAUGAAGUUCCUGCUGAUCGCCAUCAUGUGUCUGUUGGGCUUUUAUUCAAUCUUUUACAGACCAGAGGCGGGCGAGAAGACCAUUUCCUCCGCGCCAAUCUAUGAGUUCCACGAUGAAGGAACUCUACAAGUUUCUUCUCUGGCAGCAGCUUUUAUAAAUGCAUUUUUCUGCUUCACGGGCUGGGAUAGCGUUCAUGCAGUCGCCUCGGAAAUCAAGAAUCCUGUCAGAACGUUGAAGAUCGCUGGUCCACUUUCGCUUUUCAUCUGUUUUCUAUGCUAUACAAUGAUGAAUCUGGCCUACAUCAACGUCCUGACCUACGAAGAGAUCAAGCAAGCUGGGCCAUUGGUCGGUUCAGUUCUCUUUGCCAAACUGUUUGGACCGCAUCUUGGUGCCAGAAUACUCUCACUUUCUGUGGCUAUUUCUACAGGCUCCAACAUUUUGGUUGUGCUCUACGGAGUCUCUCGGAUGAAUCAGGAAGUCUUCAGAGAAGGCUAUCUGCCAUUCAGCAUCCACUUGGCUAGCAAUAAGCCUUGGAACUCCCCUUUGCCGGCACUUUUAGUUUGCGGGAUUCUGUCAGUGACCUGGCUUACCAUAUUACCAAGUGAGGGAGCCUCCUACGACUAUUUGGUCUCAAUGGAAGGUUAUGGGAAUCAAUUUUUCCUGCUUCUCAUAGCUGUGGGCAUCUUCAUUUACAGACGAAAGCGUAAAGGAGAGGUCCCAUCGACAAGAGCCUCUUCCAUCGGAGUUUGUGCUAUAAUCUUGGUUUCGAUUUAUCUCAUGGCUGCUCCCUUCUUCGGUAAACAAGCUUCGAACAACAUAGCUAUUUUACCACCUUAUCAGGUCACAGCUUUGAUGCUAAUUCUGUUGUGCUUCGCUUUCUGGUUUGUGAAAUUCUUGUUUCUGCCUAAAGUACUGGGUUAUGAAUUGAAGCAGCGUAUUGUCACUCUAGAUGAUGGUCUGGCUGUAACAAAAUGGAUAAAGUGUGAUCUUUAG